AUGAACGAUACGACCUACUUGCUUGACGACGCCCUUAGCCAUCUUGCUAAGAUAGCCGAUAUUCAAAAGCAAAUGGACGAUCGGGCCGCCUGGGAUGCGCGACCGGUGGCGGAGCGACAAGAGCAGGAAAAGCUCUUGCGCCAGUACGAGGGUCAAGUGAGAGGCGACCUGGAUCUCGGCACGGAGUCGCUGAGGUUGUUGAAGCUGUUUGCCGGCGAAGCACAAGAACCGUUUUUGACGCCUGAGAUUGUCGAUCGGCUGGCGGCGAUGCUCGACAUGAACCUCAGCAUGCUCGCCGGUCCCAGGUGUCAGGAGCUCAAGGUGCGCGAACCGGAGAAGCUCAACUUCCGGCCCAAAGAAUUGCUUUCGGACGUGCUGGCGAUCUUCCUCGAACUCGGGCCAAGAAGCGAAUUUCAAUACGCAGUGGCCAAGGAUGGGCGGAGUUACUCCAAGGACCUCUUCGAUCGAGCCAUGAGGAUUGCGAGGAAGACGGCGAUCAAGACCGAUGUGGAGCUGCGAGAGAUCGUUCAGCUCGUCGAGAAAGUCGAAGUCAUCAAAGCGGCGGAGGAGGAGGACGAUGCGAUGGGCGAAAUACCCGAUGAUUUCCUUGGUCAGUCGAAUGGGAUUUGGCCACGAUCGAGAACCGAUCCUGACGAUGUGCAUUCCAAUUGGCGUGGGCAGAUCCUCUUACGUAUGAGAUCAUGCGUGAUCCUGUGCGCUUGCCAUCAUCGAAGACAGUUGUCGAUCGCAGUACGAUCAAGCAGCAUUACCUCUCGGAUGCGACCGAUCCAUUUAAUCGUGUUCCUCUCAGGUGGGAAGAUAUCGUCGAUGCUGCGGACGUGAAGGAACAAAUUGAGGCCUUUUUGGCGGAGCGCAAGGCGAAGCGUCUAGCGGCGAAAGGGGCUAGUGAAUGA